GGACUACAAUAAUACCGUAUACAAGGCUGGUAGUAAUCCCAACUCAGAAUGAUCCUCAUCGUCUUCUACACGGUUUUUUUGAGUACCAGUCUGGUUCGUUUACUCCGAAACCCAAAGUCUUGAAUAUCAACCAUCCCCUGAAGACCUGUCAGGGAUGUGAUGUGCGACCUUUCCAUUGCCGACCCAGAUCAGAUGUCGCAUGUGCGGAAUCUAGCUGAGGGCAAGACGUGAGUACAGACUGCAUAUUUACCAACGGACCGUGGGUGUAUGUGGUGUGCUCACCUUUCAUCCCCCUUCCACACAAGAUUUACCUGGUCACCUGUUUCCUGAAACGGGCCACCCACCGUUACGUUGAGUUGAGCGAGAAAAUUGAAACAGCCAGCUUCAACGAUGAAACGGUCCGCAGGCCCGCACUCCGGAUACACGGUACUCAGUUCACUAAGGUUCUCAUGUGCGUGACGAAGCUGCUUGGGUGACGACAAUCUCGCUCGACUUAUUGCAAUGGAUCUCUGCAAUCUACUUCAACCGAAAAGGACCCUUUGCCGUGGAUGGUCUCAUUCAGUCAAACUCGUGAUGAGUGGCGAGACUUGAGAUGGACACCGUGCGCCGAUUGGGAGUCGACUGCACGAAAGCUUGGUUACAGUAGGUCAACAGUGAAACCUGGGGAAGAAAGUGGCCGCUCGUGGCAAUAUGGCGCGUUCUCAUCCCUCCCAAACGUUUCCCAAAGGCUUCAGAAGCGGAUAAUCUCAGCCGAUCGACAUAUCGAUCAGGGGAAUGAAUUGUCUAACAACAAUAAGCGAGGAUAUGACUUGCCUCGAACAAGAACUCUCGUCAAAAUUGGUGCUUAUGGACCGACUUAAUUGAACCUGCCAAGGAGAAAUAUGCCGGAGAUGUUGCGUGAUUGUGCGACAUGGCAUCAGACAAUCUGCGCCCAGCGAACAAGAUUGUCCUUACGCAUCAUCUCCCGGGUUGUCUGAACAUGGCACCGUGCAUGGCACACGCAACUCCUUCUGCUCUAGUUGGAGGCUCCUUUCAAAGAACCUCAGCACCUCCAUACCUCUGAUACCGUUGACUGCGCCAUUUCUCAAUCACUUGCAGAUUUGACGUCAAGUGAAAGAAACCACCGAGCAGAACGCCAGCAUGCUGGUCAUGAGUACCUAGGACUGCAUGGGCCUCUAUUUGAUUCUUGGCUGAGAAUCAACGGGGUCGUUUUGACCUGUAACACGGAAGGCGGCAGGCGAUCUGGGACUCUAUCGCGCGUUGCAAUGAUGUGGUUCUACCAUGGCAGGUCUCGUUUCGUAGGCAGUAUGGCAAAGUCAAUGAUCGAUGCGCCAAAACGCCAAUGUUGACUGAGCCAUAAUAGCCAGUCCAUGUGUACGAGAUGUAAAAGUCAGUGGAAUUGUUCUGGACCGCGACUGUCAAGUAGACGACGAAUUAGCCUAUAGCAUCGCAGAAUCGGCUGGGCAAGCCGGAGUCUCUGCUAGUUGAGCGGUUUUAGUGGCACUUGGGUGAGGGACGUGAGAGCUUUGAUGAGUAAAGAGGGGGACCCCUAGCAGUUGAUUUUCGAGAGCUGGUGGACUGAUCUGGGUCUUGUUCUGGCGGCAUCCACCCCCCAGAGUGGCGUGUUGGGUCCCUGAAUCAGCCACCGGAGGCCGCCGAUAGGAACAUGGGCCAGACCCUAACAAGCCCAAAACUCAGAUUGUCC